AUGGGGGAUUGGGCUCUUCACCCUCACAACACACAUCUGGUGACAGCCCAGUUGUGGGGGACUAGGAGCAGGAUCUGGGGCAGUGCUUUGGUCACUGCUGUUGGAAGGCAGCUCCUCAGCCAAGUCACGGUCCUCCUGCAUCUCUUGCAGGAGCUGCUGGCUGCCCUGCACCGGGAAGGACCAUCGACGGAGGGGAUAUUCCGAAGAGCCGCCAGCGGCACAGAAUUUCGGGAGCUGCGAGAGGCCCUGGACCGCGGCGCCGACGUCGACCUGGGCAGCCAGCCUGCGCUGCUGCUGGCCGUCAUCUUGAAGGUGAGCGCUUCUGACCUGCAGCUGGGAGAGCUCCUGCCUGCCCUGGAAUGUUCAGAGGCUCACCUGGAGCCUCUGGCAUUGCAUGACUUUCUCCGAAGCAUCCCCGCCAAGCUCCUCGUGACAGACUUCUACGAGGACUGGAUGGCCGCCAUGCAGAAGAGCGGCAAGGAGGAGAAGACUGAAGAGCUGAAAGCGGUGGCCGAGAAGUUGCCUGCAGCCAACCUCCUCCUCCUCAAGCGGCUGCUGGCCCUCCUCCAGCACAUCGGCCACAACGCCUCUACCAGCAGAAUGAGCGCCAGCAACCUGGCCAUCUGCCUUGGGCCAAACCUCCUGAGCCCACCCAACGAGGACCUGCUGCCCCUCCAGGCCAUGCUGGAGGUGACUGAGAAGGUGAACGUGCUGCUGCUGUUUAUGAUUGAACACUGCGGUGACAUCUUUGGGGAGGAGAUGGAUGGCCGCUCCUGUCCAUCAGACGGGGACUCACCAGCACCCACGGACAGAGCCACAGAGCUGCCUUUGGAAGAGCAAAGUGGCCCUGCAGGUGAAGCAGACACAGAGUAUCAGUCAAAAGCCUUCCUGGACACACCACCCUCUCUGCUUGUCCUCCACAAAGAAGCAGGUGUAGAUAUGGCGGUGGAAUCGGAAACAGGAGAGGUGCCUGUACCUUUGCCUCCAAUCACCCCAGAGAGCACAGUAGAAUUCCUGUUGUGUCCAGAAGAACUGAAAAGUGUUUCAGAGGAAAGAAGGCUUGCAGGGUCUUCCAAGGAAAAUGAAAACCGAAGAAACAGAAAAAGAAAACAGGCCUGUGGAGAGGACAGUGAAAACAUACCAGAAGAAAAAAGGAGGAGGAGAGAAAAAGAGCUUUUGGUUAUCAACAACUGAAAAAAUCCAGGAAGGUCAAGAAGCCCAGGUGUUUGUUUGACCCUUCUGUCCAUCUUUCAAAACUCUGAACACUGGUCUAAGUAUAUGAACUAUUUCUAUGAUACACAAAGAUGGACCCAGAAAAGAAGCACGCCCCUGCCUUUUGGAAAAAAAGUAUGUCAGGAGGAGAAUGCCGUUCCCAAUUUUGCAGUUUUUGUUUUGCACUUAGUGAAGUUCUGUUCGCUCAAGGGUAAGCAGACACCCUGGCAAGGUCACGAAAGUCACAAUUCUUAGCUAUUUAACCUGCUACCUAAAUAAAGAUGC